GCCUCCUUGCCUGGUGCGGCACAAAGUCACCUCGUCGUGUCGGUCAGGGAGAAGCUAAUGACAGCUAGCAUCAGCAGCUAGCAAACAGAAUUACUGAAGAGGCACAAAAACAAAUUCAAUUUUUAAACUCAUGUUUGUAUGGUUCGAAACGUCGCAGUUUUUUAUACUGCCUUGUAAUAUUUAAUUCGAACAAUUAUUUUGUCCGUCUUUGCCUAUUGCUAAGCUAGCUAGCUUCUUCCUCCCCCCUUGAAAAAGCUGCAACAUGGCUGCACUGAGAGUGUCGUAUCACAGGAUUUUGGACAGAAUCGAGCACAUCUUGCCUGCUAAGCUGAGACCUCUAUACAACCACCCUGCAGGUCCAAAAACGGUUUUCUUUUGGGCCCCAGUAUUCAAAUGGGGUCUGGUUGCAGCAGGUUUGGCCGAUAUGACUCGGCCAGCAGAUAAGCUCAGUGCCUCCCAGUCUGGAGUACUGACAGCAACAGGGCUCAUCUGGUCCAGAUAUUCGCUGGUCAUCAUCCCAAAGAACUGGAACCUGUUUGCUGUCAACUUCUUUGUGGGCAGCGCUGGAGCCUCGCAGCUCUACAGGAUAUGGAGGUACAAGCAAGACCAGAAGACCAAGGAGAUAACUGAGUCCUGAUUGUUUUCAGUGGACUAAAAGGACAACUCCAACACCAGGCACCUGCCUGCCACUGAUCUCCGUCUCGUGUCAUUUGUGCAUCAUCACACCGACUCCCAUAUUUUAACAUUCAUGCCAGCAAACAUCAUCCAACCAUAUUUAACCCCUCUUUCUCUGCUGGAAAUGUGCACUUUCACCAAGUUCCCUCAGGAUGUAUAAUUGACAUUAAAAAACAAAACAAAAACAAAGCCACACAAGAAUGACGGUCAUCAACGCACAAAUAUUCUUUUAACAAGUAAAAUGAUUGUACAUUGAGUUGUCUUCAUGUAACAUAGCUUUGGGACGUUUUACCUUUUUUUCAUCAUCAGGUGUAGCAAUCAUUACCUCAUGCAAUCAUUUCCCAAAAAUUAAAUGUUUGGUUAGGCGUGGUUUUAAUGGAAGUGUCCUCAUGAAAUUAUAUUUUUUUUGUGACAAUUUUAAUGGCUUUAAAUUAAGUAGAAAAAAAUAAAUUGCUUGCUUCACUGUAUUUUCUUUUAAUGUUAGCUAUCACUGGUACAGAACUUUUGAGCAUGUUCAUACAUUGAUGUGUAGUCACCUUACUUAUGAAUUUUAAAAUCCCCUCACGGUAUUGGCAAAUGUUCUCACUUUACUAUCAAAUGAAAUACUAAUUGAUUAAAUGGCACUUUAAGGCACUGUGGAAAUGUUAAGGCUGUGUAAGGUUAAUAAACUUGUUCAACUACUAAA